UACGAGAUUACUUUAACUGCAUUUACAAUCCCGCUCCUUGUUCAGCGCGGUUCAGAUCCUCUGAACUCCUGUAGGAACCAUUGUCAAGGCGUGUGUGCAGCGGGGGAAGAUAGAGGCUGCGGGGUUUUGCUUGGAGAUGGGCCUGUUGCUAUGAUGGAGCCUGACACGCCGAGAGAUCUGAUGAAGGUAUUGGAGUUGUACAGCGGUAUUGGCGGCAUGCACUAUGCACUGAAAGAAGGCUCUCAUCUAUUGGCAGAUUGGAUCUCAAAUGGCAUCCCAUCAAGAGCUGAGCAGGUGAAAAUCCACAUUCAAGUGGAGAACUACAAAAGUUGCAUUUCUGCUGAAGUUGUUGCUGCCGUUGACAUCAAUACUGUUGCUAAUGAAGUUUAUAAGCACAACUUUCCUAACACUUGCAUUUACCCCAAAACAAUUGAAGGUAUAACAUUAGCUGAGUUCAACAAAUUCGACUUUGAUAUGAUCUUGAUGAGUCCUCCUUGUCAGCCAUUCACAAGAUUAGGUGCUCAGAAAGAUAUAUUGGAUUCCAGGAUCAAGAGCUUUUUGUACAUUCUUGAUUUACUACCAAGCCUUAUAAAGCCUCCAAAAUAUUUUCUUCUUGAAAAUGUCAAAGGAUUUGAUACAUCUGUUGCAAGAGAUAAAUUGAUACAAACUCUGAAGAAUUGCGGAUAUUCAUACCAGGAAUUCCUACUCUCUCCAACCUUGCUGGGAAUACCAAACUCAAGACUACGAUAUUUUCUCCUUGCCAAGCUCCAACCUGAUGCUUUUUGCUUCCAAACUUCCAGUCAGGUACUUGAACAAUUCCCAGACUGCGUGGAAGUGACAAUUUCUAGUUCUAGUCAGAUGUUAUUUGCUGAUGGUAGCAAACAGGAGGAGAAUAACUCAAAUUGUUCUGCUAAUGAAAUCAUGAACAGAGGAGAUGAGACCGUGCUUUACAAAUUAGAGACAUUAGGACAUGUGAAACAGAAACAAAGCCAGGACAAUAAUUCAUCAAUACAAAUGAUCCAGAAUUUCUUGGAGGAACAACUGGAAGACCCAAGCCCAUACUUCAUAUCUCCAAAGUCCUUAUUAAGAUAUGCUUUGAUACUGGACAUAGUUGGACCAACUUGCAGAAGAUCAGUUUGUUUCACAAAAGGGUAUGGUUGUUACAUGGAAGGAACAGGUUCAGUGUUGAAGACUGCUUCAAAUGUAGAGCUUGCCUUAGUAUUCCUGUCAUUUGAGUCAUUAUCAGAAGAUGAAAAAUUGACCCAACUGGCAAAAUUGAAACUUCGAUAUUUCACCCCAAGAGAAAUAGCAAAUCUCCAUGGAUUUCCUCCAGAAUUCAGUUUUCCUGAGAAAAUUUCACUGAAACAAAGAUACCGCUUGCUGGGAAAUAGCCUCAAUAUCCAUGUGGUAGCCAAGCUUAUUAAAUUGAUGGUUGAUUGAUGCUGAAAACAGAAUUUUUAUGAUGUAUAAUAUAUAAAAAUGUAUGUUUACUUUUGCCAGCAAGUAAUAGAUUAUAUGAAAAGGUUUCUAAUAAUGUUCAUCAGAAGUAAUUGUGAUUUCAUUAAGACUAAUUAAUUUACAAAGUUUGUAUUUGUGUAGAUGUCUUGGAGCAUUUUUAUCAUUUGCUCCUCUUGCAUGUACAAGUGAAUCAUAGCUCAAUCUGAAUGAUUUGCUGUAGUUUUUGACUUAAACUUGUUAUUGCCAUAUAUUGUAAUGAAAACUCAUUAAAAUAAUUCUUGAUGUACAUAUUAAAUGGUGCCUGUUUCUAAUAAAGAUUUUUAAGAACUCUGUAAAUUUACGAAUAUUUUUGGCUAUCAGAUUGCAACCUACUAAAC